AUGACUGCUGAAGAAAGGGAUCAGAGAACACUAUUUAUCUUGCAGAUUGCACGUCAAACUCGUCCGCGUGAUUUGGAGGAGUUCUUUAGCGCUGUCGGCAGUGUACGUGACGUCCGUAUCAUCACCGAUUCAAGAACGGGACGUUCGAAAGGAAUUGCUUAUGUUGAAUUCUGGGAAGAGGAAAGUGUACCGCUU